AUGGAGAAUCUCUCGUUUGUGCAGAACUUCCAGGCUCUGUCUGCUUUGCUACAUCCACAACAGGACACAGAGGACGACUGCGAGACUCUGAGUCCUUCUGCAAAACUGGGGCCUGGAAACAUUGGACCAAAACCCAGACCAGACUCAGCAGGCAGCGGCUGUGACAGUAAAGACAUCUGGAGUCAGGAGGAGGUGGCAGAGGGACCUCAGUUUGAAGACCUCAGUGAUCCACGGCCACAGCCAGAGUAUGAGGUGAUGAUGAAGCAGAACGUUGGGACUGAAGACGUGUUUCUGGGCCUCAGUGGAAAAGACCCUUCGUCCAUGAGCUGUGAAGCUUUACUGGUGAAAAUCCAACUUCCCGACACCAGAGUCUGUGACGUGGUCUUAGACGUCAGAGACACGUUCCUGGAUCUCAGGACGCCAAAGUAUAAACUGGGCCUCCAUCUUCCUCAGCCGGUGCAGAGUCAGGAGGGGAAGGCUCAGUUCCACAGUGAAAAGCAGGAGCUGGAAGUGACUCUGACCAUGAAGCGGCCGCUGGACUUCAUCAACAGGAAGUAA